AUGGAAGGAUCCAGCGGGUCUAGCUUUGGAAUAGACACUAUUUUGUCUAACAGUUCCAGCAGCCCGGUGCUGGCGAACGGUGAUUUUCGGCACAGUGACAGCAGGACUUCAGAUUUCAGAAACCAGGCCACCCCCUCCCCGAGCUCGGAGAUAGACACGGUGGGGACCGCUCCCCCCCUAUCGCCGAUCUCCAUGGAGCACCAGGAGCGGCAUCUCGCUGCGGACAACCUUCAUCAACAUCAGCAGCAAAGUUUGCAGCAACCCCAGCAGCAGCAGCAACUGGCAGCCGGCAGCUCUGGCCCCAGGACUUCCACCUCCUCUUUUUUAAUCAAAGACAUUUUGGGCGAUAGCAAACCGCUGGCAGCCUGCGCCCCUUACAGCACCAGCGUCUCUUCACCCCACACCCCCAAACCAGAGGCUGAACCCUUCAGGCAAAAGACGGAACCCGAAGAGAUUAAAAACCGGGACAAGCUCGACAAACGAGAUGACUCUCAAAGCGACAUCAAGUGUAACGGGACAAAAGAGGAAGGCGACCGCGAAAUAACGAGUAGCCGGGAAAGUCCGCCCGUCCGGGCGAAGAAGCCUCGGAAGGCGAGAACGGCCUUCUCCGACCAUCAGCUGAACCAGCUGGAGCGCAGCUUCGAGCGUCAGAAAUACCUGAGUGUCCAAGACCGCAUGGACUUGGCUGCGGCUCUCAACCUGACAGACACCCAGGUCAAAACCUGGUAUCAGAACAGGAGGACGAAGUGGAAGAGGCAAACUGCUGUCGGGCUGGAGCUACUGGCCGAGGCCGGAAAUUACUCCGCUUUGCAGAGAAUGUUCCCAUCUCCCUAUUUCUACCACCCGAGCCUGCUAACUAACAUGGACACGACGGCGGCGGCGGCCAUGUAUAUGUACCGGACUCCACCGCCUCAUCCCGGACUGCAGCGGCCGCUCGUCCCCAGGGUCCUCAUCCACGGGCUGGGCCCGGCAGGACAGCCAGCGCUCAAUCCCCUGCCCAACCCUAUCCCCGGAACACCACACCCCCGGUGA